AUGUCGCAGUCACCAUCGUCAGCUGGUGCUAUGGGCAUCGGCAGCAUGCUUAACAACAGGGGAAUCGCGGGCACCGCACAGGGCAUAACACCCGACCAACAGCAUCCUGGCCAAAACCAUCCGCAGCUCGUGAUGGAUCGGCCAAAUUCGCCCCACGGCUCCGAACACUCCAGAUACUCGGGCCCCAUGAACGCGUCCUACCCUUCACCUUCCGCCAUGGGAACCUCAUUACCGCCCGUUCCCAAUGCCAACAUGGGUCCGACUUCAUUGAUCCAUCCCAGUCUUCCCCCGAACUUGAUGCACGGAAUGUCUCCAGGAGGCUACAAACCCGUCGAUGCCUCUCAGCCACCUCUGAAGGCUUACCCCUGUAGUACUUGCGGCAAAGGCUUUGCAAGGAGAAGUGAUCUUGCUCGUCAUGAACGCAUCCACAGCGGCGUCCGGCCACAUGUCUGUGAUUAUCCUGGGUGCGGCAAGCAGUUCAUUCAACGGUCCGCCCUUACGGUACAUCAGCGCGUUCACACGGGCGAGAAGCCCCACCAGUGUGAGCGCUGCGGCAAGCCUUUCAGCGACAGCAGCUCUCUCGCACGGCACCGUCGGAUCCACUCGGGCAAGCGGCCGUACAAAUGCCCUUUUGCCGAUUGCCAAAAAACCUUCACACGUCGAACUACCCUCACAAGGCACCAGAACCACCACACUGGCACUAUUGAGGAAGCCGCGCGCGCGACGGAAGAGGCUUUGGCACGAGGCGCAAUCGCUGCUGCCGCCGCCAGAUCUAAGCCGCGGUCGGAGAGUGAACAGGCGUCCAAUCACGGAUCGCCACUCUCUACCCCAUCUCCUGCGCAACGGACCAUGUCCAUGUCCCCAAGCACAGAAUUGGCCGGGAUGAAUAACAUGCAGUAUUUGAGCAACAACUCUUUGAGUAACAACUCUUUGCCACCUCAUCUUCGCGGGGAUGUCCACGUUGGUAGUCCCGCAUCGACGACAUCGUCGGGAUACAACACCGGGAUGCGGCCGACAUCUCAUCCCAGCGGAUACGGCCCCCCUCCCGCAACACUAGAGCCCAAUAUUGAACACCAACAAGGUCCAGGCAGUGCAGCCGGAAGCCCUCACCUUGGAAGCGUUGGAUGGGCGUCACCUGGUCCCGGAGGAUCUCCAACCCACAGUCUUGGCGGCAACGGAUAUGUAUAUCCGGACCCCGAAGCAGGAUAUCCUAACGGUGCCCCUUUAGGUAACCUGUUCUACAACAGCGCUGCUGCAGGCCGACGACAGGGGAGCACGGAGCCUGGAGCUACACAAUACGACGUAAAGCCACGACCGGGUGAGCUCUGGGCAGCUCAGUAA